CUACAACUACACCAUGUCCCCUUCCAGUGUUAGCUGCCACCAUGGUGUCCAGAACCACAGGCUGUGGCAAGGGGACGAGAGUCCCAGGCUGUCCUCAAAAUGUGGGGACCACAGCCCUAGGUUGUCCUGCAAGUUUGGGGACGAGAGUCCCAGGUUGUCCUGCAAGUUUGGGGACGAGAGCCCAAGGUUGUCUUCCAAGUUUCGCCCACCAUUACCUGCAGGCAGGCCCACUGCAAUUCAGCAUGAAAUACCAGCAAGCAUGAUUACCAGCACCCCAACCUCUUGCGACCAGAGGGCUAGCAGCCACACCAGCAGCCGCACUCCUAGCGAUAGCCCCUGCUUACCAAACAAGGUUAACUCCAAACAGUCAGGUCAGUCAAAUGACAGCAAGCUGGGAGAGGGAAUGAACCAGACGAGUGACAGAAGAAGUAUCUCCCUGGCCACUAGCACUCACAUGGCCCGUAAGCUGGCGGAGGACGCUACAAAGCUCUCCACUAUCUUCAUGGACAGGAGGACUCCCUCCCCCACUCCGUCCCAGGCUAACUCCACCAGGUCAGAGAGCCCCAAGUCUGGCUACAUCUCCAGGGAGUCUCAACCCUACGCCACCCUCCAUGGCCAGGGUUCUCCAGCACAGCCCCACCCUGAAGCUAACACCCACACACACUUACAGGACCAUAAGUGGACAGACAAGGAGUCUCUUAGAGCUGGACUCCACUCCAGAGAGUCUAGACCAGGUCAAAGACAAGGGCAAGCCUCCCCCCUCCUACUGCAGAAGGGAAUCUCCUCCCCUGCUAUGCCAGCUACGCUGCACCUGGUGGUAGCGUCCCACACUCCUAUCAUAGACCCUCGGCUGCAGAGAGCUGAGCUGCUGACGAAAGACAGCCCCACCUUGCACCGCCACCAGCCACCGCAGUACAUGGGAGACCGGGGCUCCCCCAGCCUGGAGAGGAGACCAUAUGACACCCGCUUCAACAGAGGGGGUCUGAGGGACAACCCGGAGAGCAGCAGGCGGCUGAUUAUAGGACUUGACAUGGAGCCGCCAGAGAGCUGGAGCUCCAGGAUGCAGCAGUGGAGGGAGAAUGGGUCCGUUGCGGACAGGGAGGAGUCCAAUAGUGAGGGUCCUACUGCUGAUGGUGAUGAAGUGUAUCUGGUGACCAAGGAGGAGCUGCAGCAGAGGAGGGAUGGAGCAGCUGUGUUGGGGUAUCAAGGGUAUAAACAUGGGGUAAACAGGGAGCAGAGGGGGGAGACCCAGGACCAUAGUGGGGCACUGGUGUCUUCCCAAAGCUCCAGUGGAGUGACAGGCAGUCUGGGGGAGAGCACUCAGCCAGAGAGGGACUGUCUCUCUCCAGAGACAUCCAGCCAGUCCAGCCAGAAGAGCAAUGACACUGAAGAGACAGCUUCUGGGAUGCAGUCGGAAAGCGGUGCCUCUGUGCUGGGUCCAUCCUUGCACUCCCAGAAGAUCGCCCGUGCCAAAUGGGAGUUCCUGUUUGGACAGCCCAUGGAGGACAGCCAUGAUUCUAAAGACUCCUCUCAAGCCCCCCCGAGUGGGACCUCCAGUGAGUCUCCCUUGCCCACCUCCUCCCUGCUCCUGAAGCCCACAGGUCACUGGAGGGGAUGGGACGAUGAGAGUCAGAGUUUAUCCUAUCACGAUGUCCAGCAGGUGGUGGAUUUGGUGACUCCGCCCCCGGUCACUGUGGUUGGCAUCUCUCCCAAGACGGGCAUCAUCCGCAGAGCCAUCAACUAUGCUGAGACGGACCUAGAUGCAGUGCCCCUGAAAUGCUAUAGGGAAACAGACCUAGAUGAGGUGAUAUUGGCUGAGGCCGAGAGAGAGCAGGAGGAGGUGGACUCAGCCUUUGGGAGUAACCGCAGUGUGCUCGGCACCUCUGCCUCCAGCGCCAGUACCAUAGUACGCACUGACGGAGAGGAGGACGAGCUGGAGGAGGAAGAGGAGGAGGUGGURAGCUGGGCCAGUGUGAGGAUGCAGGGGGAUAAGAAGAGACAGCAUGCCACCCAGGAGGACAAUCARGUGUACAGUCUGCUGCUGAAGGGUUGUCCCCUGGACCACAUAUCGGAUGCCCAAUCAGCCCUGAUGUCCCCCAUCUCAGUGACCAGCCCUCGCAGGACCUCAGUGGACAGCCUGGACUCCUUCAGCCGCCACUUCGAAAGGAUCAUGGAGUCUCACCGAGUCAAGGGCACCUCCUACAGCAGCCUGGACAGCGUUGACCUCUUGACCUCCAGCGGCCCGCCCAUAUUCACCUUUGACCUGCCCACCCUCACCCCUAAGAUCCAGAGCCAAAUUUGUGAGAGUGCGCGUCAUAUCAUUGAGCUGAGUUUUGCCCCCCUGGCCCAUCCAGAGCUCCCCAGUGUGUCUGACCCCACAUGCUCUGAGAACACCCUGGCCCCUACAGGAGAGGGGCUCAGCAGYACCUCUGAGCAGGAUUAUACUUCAGAAGGGAAGUCCCGGUUGGAGAAAGACUGCUUGCGAACUAACUUAGACUUGACUCUCAUCAGGUGAGUGACA